ACUGGAAAGUUUGACAGUAUUCCACUUUUUCAAUUAGACACUCGUCACGGCAAUGUCGUCUUUAAAAGACCUUCUUGGUAGUCAAUUGCCUAAGGAAUGUAAAUUUAAGCUCCUUCAUAUCCAGACACGACCUACGUAUAUCAAGUCUCCCAUUCAUUUGGAAAAGACAGAAGCAUCAAAAGUUGACACGGUAAAGAUUCGACACUUGAUACAAUUGAUUGAUCUGGAAGACUUAAUUGUUUUUGGGAUCGAAAUAUAUGUGUACUUACUCAUAAAUGAUGUUUCAAAUACAGUCCAUCAAAUUAUCUUUGUGAGUAAAUGUGAUACUGUCGGAUUGGUGAAACAUGAAGGGGUUAAGAUUGGAGAAUUAGUCAAAGUGAUAUUGCAAUGGUUAAUUGAGUAUAAUAUCAAUGAUUAUGGUAUAAAGAAGAGGAAAGAGAAGAAAAUUCAUACACAUGUAUCAAUUGAAGGUAACUCCGACGAUAAUGAUACCAUAAUUUCCAUUAAAAAAUUAAUCCAUAAACUUCAAUCGACUCCUAAUUAUUAUUCAUCAUUGCCAUACUAUAAUUCCAAACCAUCUACGCGACCUACCAAGCCAUCUCAUUUAAGAAUUCUCCCAACAAGGCAAAUCAUCAGGGUAUGUUUGUUUACCAAGGCAGCAGAUCAAUAUAUAUACCCCUAUUCAUCUAAAAAUCCUCAUAAGCAUAUAAUUAAUGGUGCACAAUUAUUGAAAUGGUGGUUGCGAACUAUUGAUAAAACACUAACUGCCGGUUGGGACUGUAAGCUAAUGAUACCUGGAUCUGAUGAAACUUCAAGUCGGAAAUUUUUAACUGAUUUAGCUAAGUCUUGGUCAUUGGGACACGUAUACAAGAAGCAUAGUGAUAAUUCAGAUACAGCUAUUUAUUGUAUCCCGGUAUAUCCUGAUGAUCCUAAGGGUCGGUUCUUAGAGCAUUUAAUUGUGGAGAAUAGAUACCAACGGAUGACAGUUGGUCAAUUCUAUCAAGAAUUAGGAUUUCGACAAGAAUUCAGAUUAGGAAAUGUGGUCGGAUUGAUUGGAUGUCAAUCGCAAACUAUGAAUAUCUCUCCAUCAACGAAUUUCAACGAGAAUGAAGAUGAGAGAAUAGUUAUGACAAUUCAUCAAUACAAACAGCUUGUAAAUAAUGUCAUAAAGGGUGAAAGCUUUACUAAGAAACUGGACAUUCAAAAUCUUGUAGUUGAUAAGAUUCCAAUAUUUAUUCAUACAAAGUUAUCGAAAGAUGAAGACUCUGUUAUCUACCAGGAAAUAGAGGGAAAUAGAAUUAACAUUGAAGUUCCGAAAGUAGAGAAAACGGCUCAACCUGUGGUAGUUAAUACAUUAUCCGUAAAGAGAAAGGCGCCUACUGAUCUAACAAAUCUUGUUAGAAGAAAGAAGUAAUAAUCUAUAAAUUUUAUAUUCAAU